AUGGAAAUAUUGAGAACAAAUCAUCCGCCCGUACAAUAUGCCACGUCACAUUGUCACAAAUGUGGACGACGGCGUCGUCGUCGUCGUGCCAAAAAUGGGCAACAUUAUCAUCUACCAUUGUACCCAGAGGUUAAUGGCAGAACCGCAAUAGACCCAUUGAUUGAUCAGUUAUUAGCUUAUCAAGAGCCGCAUUUUCCACAUGUUGAUCGUUUUCAUUGUUUAUCACAACCGCAGUAUCAAAGAUCAAAUGUAUCGCUUCAGAAUGUAAUUGGUGGCGCAAACAACCGCAGUAACAUUGAAACACAUACUAAAUCCUCAAUAUCGUCCAACGAUAUUGAAUCACACAUUCCUACUAAUUAUUCAACGUAUGCUACAGGAGUUACUAUCGAUGUUAGAAAAUGUCGACAAGUACCUACAAACAAGAAUGUCCCUGCUGGCGACACUUGUCAAGAAGUAUUAUCUUCAUCUAACACUCCUACAUAUCAAUCAACAUUCCUGUCAUGGCCAUAUAAUGACAAUUACAAUCCAAUUUAUAGUGAAUCAGCUUUGAACCUUUCGAAAGAAACUGAGCUGUUUUCUACAAAAAAUUCAUCGUCGAAUAAUCUUGCAGUUUCUGUUCGUCAACUAACUAAAACUCAAGAUUUAUCCUCCAAUUCUCAUACAAUCUCAGAUCCUUCAACUAUCAGCGCAAUAGAUAAAUAUGAUAAUCACUCAAAAACAUACAACCACACACUAGAGAAUCUUAAAGAAAUCUUAACUAAAAUUCAAAAUGAUUUACUUCAAAUGCCUACACUAUCAGUGCACAAGCCGGCAGAAAAAUCUAGUUUAACUAAAAUAUCAUCUGAUUCUUUAAUAUGUGAGACGAGUAUAUCAACUGUCUCUUCGACAGUCUCACUUUUAAACAAGAAUCUCUCUUCUAUAUCCUCCAGUAAAUCAAUUAUUAAUGUUGACAAUGAUACAUCACAAAUUGAACUAGACUCUCUUGAUAGUAACCGAUGCACCAUCAAUAGAAAAUUACUCAAUCCUGCUCAGAACAUGAAUACAAAUCAACAAGCGAAUGACGACGAAAUCGAUUCCCAGAUUUCUUUUGACUAUACUCCAUCAAGGUCCUCAUCGUAUCGAUUCUCUCGAACCAUUAAACCACACGCGUCUCCGUCAUUCACGUUCUUUUUACAAAUAUUACUGAUUAUAUACCUCAUAAACUAUAUUUUAACAUACUGUUCGGUUGACAAUAGUACGCACUACUCAUCAUCAUUAUUUGUUAGUAAAGCAAAAGAAACAAAAACGCAUGAAACUUACCGAGUGUUCACUUCAAUUAUCGAUUAG